GCCGCCGCCGCCAUGGAGUCGAACAGGGACGAGGCGGAGCGGUGUAUCGGCAUCGCGCUGGCCGCCAUCAAGGCCAACCAGCCCGAACGAGCCCGCCGCUUCCUAGAGAAGGCGCAGCGCCUCUACCCCUCGCCGCGGGUCCGCGUUCUCCUCGAGUCGCUCAACAAGAACGAGUCUUCAUCCACCGGGCAGUCCCAGGCCCGGGAGUCCCCAAACGCCCAGUUCAGGAAGGCGGCCGGGGACUUCUCUUCAGCCAAUGGGGAGGCCGGCGGGGAGGCCCCCAAGGGCUACACGCAGGACCAGCUGGAUGCUGUGAAGAGGGUAAAGCAAUGUAAGGAUUACUACGAAAUUCUGGGAGUCAAUAGAGAAGCCUCUGAUGAGGACUUGAAAAAGGCUUACAGGAAACUCGCACUGAAAUUUCACCCAGAUAAGAACCACGCACCUGGGGCUACAGAGGCAUUUAAAGCCAUCGGUAACGCAUAUGCGGUCUUGAGCAACCCAGAGAAGAGGAAGCAAUAUGACCAGUUUGGAGACGAGAAGCUCAACCCUGCUCGGCACGGUCACACGCACUCGGACUUCCACCGCGGCUUUGAGGCAGACAUCUCCCCCGAGGACCUCUUCAACAUGUUCUUUGGUGGUGGUUUUCCCUCGAGUAAUGUUCACGUGUACAGCAAUGGCAGGAUGCGAUACACCUAUCAUCAGAGGCAGGACAGACGAGAACACCAGGGUGAUGGUGGCCUUGGGCUGUUUGUCCAGCUGAUGCCUAUCCUCAUCCUGAUCGUGGUGUCUGCUCUCAGCCAGAUGAUGGUCUCCAGCCCGCCCUACAGCCUGAGCCAGAGGCCGUCUGUGGGUCAUGUACACAAGAGGAUAACAGAGCACUUAAAAGUUAUCUACUACGUAUCUGAGAACUUUGCAGAAGAAUACACGGGCACGAACUUGAAAAACGUGGAAAGGAGCGUGGAGGAUGACUACAUUGCAAACCUUCGAAAUAACUGCUGGAAAGAGAAGCAGCAGAAGGAAGGCUUGUUAUACCGGGCACGGUACUUUGGAGACACGGAGCUGUACCAGCGAGCACAGAAGAUGGGCACCCCCAGCUGUAGCAGACUGUCAGAUGUACAAGCCUCUCUGCAUGGAUAGUCGCUGCCGGCCCGCUCAGCAGAGGUCUAAACCCUUGACAUACCCGAAGACUUUUGAUGAAGUGCACUGAGCCGAGGUGACAGACUUUAUAUUUAAAGAAUGAAAUCUUAUAUUAAAAUGGAAUUGAGAUUAGCAACGCACAACUGCCCUCUUUCUUCUCUCUGCCCGUCUCCGCCGGUGGAUGUCCCAGGCGGCAGUUAGGACAGGACUAGAGGCCGUCGUCCUCAUUCCCUUCCAGCAGCACCGCCGUGCAACGGCCUGGGUGGCAAAAGGAGCUGCACUGGAGAGAGAAAUCGGACAAUUCGCUGAUAAAGAAAACUUUUAAAGAGAAGAAAAAAGAAAAUAUAAUCUAUUUAGAAUUAAUUUAUAGCUGUAUAUACGUUGUACUUUUAAACUAUGCAGGGGUUGGAUGAUUAAAUUAUUUUGCUUUGCGCCCGGUUUUGUGAACAGAGAAGCAGGAGGUCUCCGCAGGGUUGUGGCACAAGGCAGCAGUCACCUGGCGGUGGUUGCGCUUUGCUUUGCUGUGGAUGGCAGCGAUCCGUGGCUGGGGAGCUCAAUGUCUGCCUGCCAGGCUGCCAGAGAAGCAUUUCUGAAUCCACGGGGGGAAAAAAUCAAUUGGUGAAACCGCCCAGAGCUGCAGUUUGGAUUUGCAACAUUGGCAAGAACAACUGAGUGCUGGAGCCACGUGUUGCCCAGAGAAGGGAUCAUCCUGGAUGCUUUUAGCUCAUCACUUCUUGCUUUAGUCAUGUGUGUAACUUUUUUUUUUUUUUUUUUUUUGCAGCGUCCGCUUCAAUUUUGCCUCGUAGUCAUUGUGCAGCAUUCAUUCUGUGAGCAGGGCUGUCCGCAAGCUGCAUCCCUUUGUUAAUUUGCCAGUCCUGCACUUGGGAUUCCUCACCCAGCAGCGCUCCAGUUUGCGGUAGGGCCCUGGCCUUAGGGCAGCUUAUAGGGAAUGGAGCGUUCAUUGCUUCUGUUGAAAGAAGCUCUGCAGGGUGAGAUCAGCAUCUGAUGGGCUCCUCAGACCCCAUUGCUGGGGAGCCGCAUGCCGGGGCUCACCUGCUCAGCCAGGCAGGGCCCGGCCUGGAGCAGCUCCAGGCUGCCAUCCCCGCCAUGCGUGUGCAAGAGGCAAAAGGCAAAUGAGCGGAGUUGCAUCACUGGGACAAACUGGAUCUUUUUUUUGGUACCCUGCAGUUAAUUUUUGCCUGAAGACAUUUCCUUUGAGAGCCUCCCCGGGUGCUGGGGGGUUGCUCAGGUGGGGGUGCGGGGUGGCCAGGCUGGGACGGCAGUGAGUGGCAACACGGAUUGAGGUCUUCGGCAUUAGGCAUCCACGUGCUCUGUCUUGGGCCAGUUAUUUGUUUUGCAAAGUAUCAGCCCUCCUGUUAACUGUAAGCCUUAUUAUCCCACAGCUACCGCGGCUCAAACUUGAUUUUAAGAGAUUAUUUUUUAAUGAUAUCUCCAUCUUCUGAAGGAAUUUGGUGGAGUGUGUGACAUGGGAAUAGCUCUUAGUAGCGGCACAGGGCAGCUGGCAGAAGUCUCUGGGGUGGGGGCUGUAGGCUGUAGAGAGCAAUGACAUUUGCAAGAGUUGCUGGCCAUUUUGCAACACGGCAUUCCUUGCCCAGGGCCUGCCCACCUUGUGAUUUCUCAAGUAGUUAUUCAUGGAUAAUACGAGCCAGAAAGCAUAGAGCCUAACGGGUCUUCAUGGAAGCUGUAUUUCUUGAUUUAGAGUUAAUUAUAAAAUUGUACAUCUAUAAAUAAACGUUUGUAAUGUGAAA